AUGGUAUUCGAACACGAUUGUCGUAUGUACGAAAAAAAGUACCCAGAAGAAAAUGAAUUAGUUAUGGUCAGAAUCGAAAGUAUUGGUGAUAUGGGUGUUUAUGUUUCAUUAUUAGAAUAUAACAAUAUUGAAGGUAUGAUUCUUUUAUCAGAAAUUUCACGUCGUCGUAUUCGUUCAAUUAAUAAACUUGUCAGAGUUGGUAAGACCGAAGCUGUUGUUGUAGUUAGAGUCGAUAAAGAAAAAGGUUAUAUUGAUCUUUCAAAGAGAAGAGUUACACCAGAAGAAUAUGCUCAAUGUGAAGAACGUUUCCAUAAAUCAAAAGCUGUUCACGGUAUUGUUAGAUAUGUUGCCUCAAAACUUUCAACUGAUAAUCAAGUUGUUAAAACUAAACAUUUAUACAAAAAAUUCGUUUGGCCAUUAUAUUCCAAAUAUGGUCAUGCUUAUGAAGCUUUCAAAUUAUCAAUUACCGAACCAUCAGUUUUCAAUGGUUUUGAUAUUUCAGAUAGUGAAAGAAAAGUUUUAAUGGAAACCAUCGUUCAAAAACUCAAACCACAACCACACAAAAUUCGUGCUGAUUUGGAACUUACAUGUUAUGCAUACGAAGGUAUUGAUGCUAUCAAAUCUUCAAUUUUAGCUUCACAAAAUCACGCCACCUCAGUCCUUAAAGCCCCAGAAGAUGGUAAAUUUGACGAAAAAGCAUUUGGUGUUGUCACCAUUAAACUUGUUGCCCCACCACUUUACGUUAUGGUUGGUACUUUUGAUGAAAAAGAAAAAGGUCUUCAAAUGGUCACCCGUUGUGUUGAAAUUCUUUCAGAAGAAAUUACCAAGAAAGGUGGUAACUUAACUGUUAAAACUGCUCCACGUAUUGUUGGUGCUGUUGAUGACCAAGAACUUCGUGAUCUUAUGGAACAACUCGAAGUUGAAAAUCAAGAUGGUGAUAGCGAAGAUGAAGAUUAUGAAGAAGAAGAAGAAGAAGAAGAAGAAACCCCAAAAAGUAAAAAAUCAAUAAAAAUGAACCCAGCCAUCUACAACGAUUUAACUAAACCAACUGCUGAUUUCAUCAAGAAAGAUUUCCCAGAAACCUACAAAUUAGAAGCUACCCUCAAACAUAAAAUCGGUAGUGUCGUUUCAACUGUUGAUCUUUCAAACGGUUCAGUUACUGGUACCCUCCAACCAAAAUUCGAUUUAUCAAGCUAUGUCAACAAAACUUCAGCUGCCAACUUUACCAUUGAUACCAAAAACUUAAAGAAAGGUGAAUUCAAUAUUGAACAACUCAUCCCAGGUUUAAAAACUAUUUUAACUGUCGACAGCAAAAAAUUAGUUCAAGCUGAAUUCCAAUACAAAAAAGAUAAAGUUGCCAUCACUGUUGUUGGUAAAAACGAUAAGAGCUUCAAUGCUGGUUUAGUUUACGCUGUUUCACCACUCAUCACUUUAGGUGUCCAAGGUGAACACAAAGGCACCUUCAAAGCUGCCAACGCUACCAUCGUCCUCAAACCACGUUCAGAUUUAUUCAUCACCAUUGCUGACAAAUUCAUGGACCAACAAAUCUCUGUCUCAGCCCUCUACAAAGCCAGCAAAAAAGUUACUGUUGGUGGUGAUGUUUCAGUCAACCUUAAAGCUGGUAACAGCACUGCUUUCAACAUUGGUACUCAAUACACCAUCGAUGCCACCCAAUCAAUCAAAGCUAAAUUCAACAACAAAAACAAAAUCAACUUUGCUUAUCUUGUUGCCCUCAAUCCAAACGCCAAAGCUUCAUUCGGUUGGAAUGUUGACUCAAAGAACAUCAAAGAAAACAAUACUUUCGGUGCUAACCUCAAUAUUACUCUUUAA